AUGGAUAAUGGCCGUGCUCGAGCUACCCUUUUGGAUUCACAAUUGGCAGAACUGAAGAAAGUUUUGGAGCAAGACUGCGAACACGAUCGAGACGCAAGCACAGAAACAGCAGAAGGAAAAGGAGCAGCAAGGCAGUUGAUCAAGCUGCCGAAGAUUGAACUCAUAGAGUUUGCAGGAAAGGCUGAAAGGGCGGUAGCAGGAUACGCUUUAACAGCGGAAAACUAUGCGGUAGUGGUGGACGUGCUGGAAAGAAGAUUCGACAAUAUAGAAUGGAUACGUCAGGAAUUAUUUAACGAAUUGAUGCAGCUGAACCUUCAGAUGGGAAAAAUCUGA